AUGCAUGGCGGAGUGAAGGUCGCUGUGACCGCUGCCACAACCAUGGCAUCACUACCAAAAUCAGGCGAAAAGCAUUUCUGCCUCUUCCGGGCCUGCAAGUGUCACAAUUGUGCCUUCUUCUCGGAGCAGCACAGGGCCUUGCCUGCUCUGAGUGCCUUGAAGAGGGAGCGGGGCGCACGGCUCAAGAGGCACCUGGCUCAAGGACUGAUAAAGACCAUGGCUGCAGCCCCCAGAUCGCACCUCCAUGUCAAGAAGUUGGCCCUGGAAGCAGGCAUCCCGGCGGGUGUGAAGGGAAAAAGUCCACCCUACGCCCCCAGCAUUGGAAAGACGACUAGCACGAGGUCUGCCAUGCAAUGCUCGAGUCUGCUCCUCCAGCCCUGUGCCACCCCUGACCCUCUUCUACUGCAGCCACAGGUCUCCAAUGCCUCCGAACAGGCUUCCCUUUCUGCCGCCUUGGAGUGGCAGCGGAAGCUGGAGGCAGCCGAGGCUCUGCUGGCUCUGAAAAACUCUUCUUGGGACCCUCCUGAUUCCAUGACCCUGCACCAGCCCUGCAGCCCACCAGCUCCUGCAGGAGAGAGAGGACUCCAGGCUCCCAGCCCUCCUCUGCGACCCAGGCCUGCCAGCUCGGUGUCACUGCCUAUCGGACAUCUGGGGUGCAUCUCCCUCUUGACCUAA